UCCAUCUUGUUCAAGCUCAAGAAACACACUAUACUUCUCCCCAAGAGUAGUGAACAUGUAUUUGAGAAAAAUGAAGUAGACAAAAUCUUAAACCAAGAAGUUAACAAUGCUUAGGUCCCAUUACAUCAACAAUGAGUGUUCUCAGUUCUCACAGGCGUUUUGUAUCGUAGUUCCAAGCUUUUACCCUGUCGGGUAAAAAAAUAAAAAUAAAAACAUUUGUUAUCUCAAUGGCAGAAUCGCAAUUUGUAGUUUGUGGUAUACAGCCUAGAUGGAGAGCGGGACAGAGAUUACAAGGGAGGCAAUGGCAGAAGCCGGAACCAGCAGCUCCUCCUCGUCUUCCGCCGUCAACAACGGCCGCGGCUCGACCGUUGAGCAAUGCCAAGACAUGAUCCGAACUCCGAUGGUAAAGUUUCUGCUGCAGCAUAUGGAGGAAUCUGGGUGUGCGGUUGAAGACGGGUUCAUCAAGGCCGUUCACUGUGAAAAGAAGAUUGGCGGAGGCUAUUCCUCCGGUGAAGGGGUAAUCGUGUGUAGUAAUCACAUGAACUUGCAAGAUGAUGUCAACCAAGUAGUGAUACAUGAGCUAAUUCAUGCUUAUGAUGAUUGCCGGUCUGCAAACAUGAACUGGGCUAAUUGUGCUCAUCAUGCUUGUAGUGAGAUUCGUGCCGCCCAUCUUAGUGGUGAUUGCCACUAUAAGCGGGAACUUUUGCGGGGUUACCUGAAGAUCCGAGGCCAUGAACAAGAUUGCGUGAGACGGAGGGUUUUGAGAUCGGUCACUGCUAAUCCCUACUGCUCAGAAGCAGCUGCAAAGGAUGCCAUGGAAGCUGUAUGGGAUGUUUGUUACAAUGAUACACAACCAUUUGAUAGAGCUCCUUGAAAUACAGUGGCAAGUAUCUGUAUUGGAGAGACUGCCCAUGUACCUCUGGGUGCCCCUCAAAA